UCGGAAGUAGAAAAAGCAUUCAAAACGUCCGGUCAUCAAGUGAGGCAUUAUUGAAAGAAUGUUCAUUAGAGUGUCCAUGGCCAGAGGCGUUUAGGGCCAGAAGCAAAAAAAGAACCUCAAAUGAGAGCAUAAUUAUUAAGUUUCCAGAAUGACCUCUCCGACAGAACGUGAAUUCGCCGAAUUCGACUCAAACAGUGUUUGGAAUGAAGUGUAUCAGAGAUUAAAAAAUGAAGCUUCCCUCACCACAUUAGGGGAUGAAUUUUCAACGAAGCUUGCUCGUGAUCCAGAUAAUCGACGGAAAAAUAGAUAUCGGGAUGUGAGUCCAUAUGAUCACAGCAGAGUUGUCCUCAGUGGGGAUAAUAACUACAUCAAUGCUAGUUUACUAAAAGUGCCAGACGCCAGCAGGCAGUACAUUCUCACUCAGGGUCCUUUGGAGCAUACCAUGUGUGACUUCUGGCAGAUGACAUGGGAACAGAACACCAAAGCUGUUGUCAUGCUGAACAGAGUCAUUGAAAAGGGCGCACUCAAGUGUGCUCAGUACUGGCCCUUAGGCUCAAACUACGGGUACGAGGACGAGAUGUACUUCCCCGAGUGCGGCCUGAGAGUGACUCUCAUCACUGAGCAAGACUUCCAGCAUUUUAGCCUCAGGUCUUUAGAGCUGGAGCACAUGGAGUCAGGUGAGAAACGGGAGGUUCUUCACUUCCACUACACCACGUGGCCAGACUUUGGAGUUCCGUCCUCUCCCGACGCCUUCCUGCACUUCCUCCACUCUGUGCGCCAGACCAACUCCCUGGCACCGGAUGUGGGCCCUGCUAUCGUCCACUGCAGUGCUGGUAUCGGCCGAUCGGGCACAUUUUGCCUGGUGGACUCCUGUCUCGUUAUGGUGGAGAAAGAAGGCACCAUGGACAACAUCAAUGUGAGGGAAAGCCUUAUUCGCAUGCGUUCUUUUCGCAUGGGCUUAAUCCAGACAGCAGAUCAGCUCCGGUUCUCGUAUCUGGCCAUCAUCCAAGGAGCUCAGGCUAUCCUGAAAGGCAGUGGAUUAGAAAGUCUUCAGACACAAAAUUGCUCUGAAGGAGUCCCUCCCCCUCCACCCCAGCGGACAAGCAGCUUACAGCCUCCCGCCAAGCCCAAAACGAUGCCAUCGGCGCUUCAACUGCUGAGUGCUUUGGAUGAGAAUGAAGAUCCGCCGGCGCUACCCCCAAAGAAGAACAGCCCUCUCCAGAGACAGUCCGGGUUCUCGGGUUGGGAUGGAGAGAUGGCGACGGACGACGACCUCACAGACGAUGACGAGGAUGACGAGGAGUUUGAUAAGCUCAUUGACCGCGACGAGGAUAAAGAAAACAUUGGAGAUAACGUUAUUGCCGCUGACAGUGACAGUGAGAGCGACAGCGAAAUGCAAAGGGCACAAGUGCGACAGAGAAUCCGAGAACAAAGGAAGCAGGAGACCAUGCAGAAGAUCAAGGAGAUGAAAGACAAACAGCGUCGGAGCGAGAGAUGGCGUCCGUACAAGUCGUUCUUCACACCGUCCGUGUACUUUGGAAUAGCAGUUUUGGUGGGGAUAGCCGGGGUGGUGGUGUACAGGUAUAUGUUGUAAUGUUGUUCCCUCCGGCCCGUGCCAGACGGUAGGAUGCUUUUGUUUGCCAAUAUCAGAAUUACUGUACAGUAUUUUCUUGAUGUUUAAGGAAAUUGUAAUAUGUCUCUGAAAAUAUUUUUUGCUACUCAGGUACUUGGGAAGAUGGAGACUUUUGGCCCAGAUUGGGCUUUAUCAAAGUUUUCGUGAUGUUAUGAGUGCUUGUGGUUUAGAUACUGAAAAAGAGACACGGUUUUGAUGGCUUGUUGCGAAUGAUUUUGUUAUUUCUAUCAAUGGCAUUCCAUGUAGCACGUAGGUUAUGUUUGACAUUCUGAGGGGGAAGAUUCACACUUUUGUCUUUGGCAAACAAUGGAACAUCAGGCAUAACCACCUUUUUUUUAAAAAGAUGAGUCUGUUGAAUGAUAAUUGACAGAAAUUACAAAGUUUUUGCCUUUCCAUUUUCAAUUAAACCUCCUUCCGUCUGUGGCUAAAUUGUCCGGUGCAGAUUUCUGGUCCAUCUUGAACCUUACUCUGAUAUUUUUCUUGUACAGCUCACAGGCUUCUUGGUGCAAUGGUUAGACCCUUCACCUUGGGGGAAGAAGGUGUGAGUUCAUUUCCAUAGUGAUGAAGAUAUUUCAUUGAGUUCCCUUUGUCUGCUACACUGCCUGUGUUGGCUUUGGUAGGCAAAGUACCCCCUCCUUUGUAUUUAUUGAAGCAAUGGGGAUGCAGAUCAUUUAACAAUCACUAGACAAGAUGGCAAACUGAAAGAGAAGUUCAUUUGAAGUAUAAUAUGAGGUAUGUAGAGUUGGAGGAACUCCUUUCUGUUUCAAUGACAUAGUACACAAAACUCAAGGCUCAAGACACAGACUGGACAAGAGGAACUUCUUGGAUAACAAGGACACCCACCAUCUGCUGUCCCCCCCCCCAAACACACACACCUACUACUUGCUAAUACCAAAAUUAGCACCAUAUUAGAUAGUGGGAAGUCAAAAGGCCAUGUGGAUAAUGUUCCCUUUUCCUGAGACAUUGUCAUCAGGUCCAGUAGCUCUGAAAUUCAAACCCUCAACUUGAAAUGGAAGAGACCUACGGCUUCGCUGUUGGGCCAUAUAUCCCUGUUUUAGGUUUUCACGGGGAAUUGGAUUUGGAACUACGUUGUCUUUUAUCAUGUUGAAAUAAGACUAAGCGCUCAAUCUAUGGCCGCUGUAAGGCGAACACUUAUGUUCUGUUCUUUAACACUUUGCCCGCACGCGACGCCGGUCGGCGACUGUAAGAAGCCGUCCCUUUUCCCCACGGGGCGCCGAUCAGCGCUGUGUGAUAUAGCGUGUACCGCACCUGUACACCUGGUCCGUGGGGACAAGUGUUGCGCGCUCUGCGUGCUCCGUGGGUGGAAAGUGUUGAGCCUCGUUAUGAAGCUCAAGUUUUGAUUUUAUAAGUGACUUUUAAAAAAUGGCACUGAGUGUUUGUGCUGGAUGGGAGUUGGGGGAUGCCAACAGUUUUUUUUAUUGCCAGGUGGAUUGUCUUUGUCAGAAUAUUGUCUCAGGGGAACCAUACUCUAAAAUAUCAGUUCUAGAUUCCCACUUUUGUAAAUUUUAUUAAUGAGAAAGGGGAAGAAUGCAAGAUUUCAUUUGUUUGAGGUCACUUUUUUUUUUUUCCACAAUAACCUAAACUGUUUAGAAAAGAUCUGAGUUCUGGGUUCAUUGUAUCCUCAAUGCAGGAAUGUUGCAGUUCCACUUCUGGUAGUCCAAAUAUUAAACUUAACAUGUCUCUGUUAUAAUGCACAGUUUGAUAAUUGUUUGAUAACAGUUGGUAAAGAUGGUUGAAGCAGGAAGACUUGGUAGACUGAUUUAUGUUGGUGAGUGAAGUGUUUGAAUUGUCCUACUUAAACAUCAGAAUCGUUUACCGUUAUUGAUAUGACAUGCCUUGUAAUUUCUUGGGGGGAGGGGGGGUAGUGAUAGCAGCACAUGACACCAUGGUGUAACACAAACACCCACUCUCAUGCCUUGCCUGCUGCUGUUUUCUUGACUGAUUGUUUGUAGGUUUUAAUUUUAAUCAAGAUCUGUUACGGAGUCUCAUUUUGAAUUUUAAUUUUUGUCAGGAUUUAGCUACUGUUUUACCGCUGUCUGUAUGUAGUGUAAUGGUUUUGCUCUUCAUUAUAUGCAAGAAUAAAUGUGGGGCAUCGUGAAAUCAGGCGCUUGUCAAAAUCAUAAAAUUGAAGCAUUUUUCCGCAGGUUUGGCAAUUUAUAUUGAAUCUUUAUUUUUUGGCGUAACGCGUAUUAUGUUCAUUUAAAAACGUUUCUGUGUGGGUUUUACUGAAAAAUGUUGACCAAAGGCACCAAAAAAAUCUAGUUUUUCAAGUUUCCAAGGACAAACUAUUUCUCUCUAAUUCUUCCCCUGAAACCAGGCGACCCCCCACCUCCUACAGUCACAAAUGUCUCAACUUCUGUUAAAGAUUUUCUUGUAUUUUAUUCAUCGAAAGCAGUUCCACGCGCACAAGCUUUAAGAUGAUAUCAAUAACUCCACAUGCCCCAAAAAUGGACAAGCGCCCUGAUUCCCCUCGCGUCGUGUGACACAUUUAUAAGUUCUCUUCCAGCAUGGUGAUGUGUCCAACUGCCUGCUGGGAUGCUGUAUUUCUCUUGGCUCUCCCUAUCUGGCAGAGUCGUAGCAGCCUACCUCCUGAAAUGGUCACUUUUAAGGACAAGGGGGCUAACCCAGAUUUCGGGGUUUCCAGAAAUCUUGACCUACAUCAAAAGUGGGAUUGCCCUACCUAUGGGAGAAGUUUGGCUUCAUUGGUGUGUAUAUUUCAUUGGUUAUAGAGAAAACUCUCCUUGUCUUUUAAAGAGACUGAAUAAGAAUCCAGAAACUUUGACUUCAAUUUUCUCUAAACAGCAUUGUCCUUAAAAACGAUCAAACAAUCUAAACGGUAUUGACUGCGGUGUACGUCUUCCUUUAGUAAGACAGGGGCUGCUGUCUGAGAGCUGUGAAAACUCUGGAAAAAUUUUCAAGGUCUUUUGUUCCAGUCUUCUAUUUAGUCAAACUUUAACCUUUCUGACAGGUUUAGCACCAUGGGUUCUGAGUUAAAUGUUCGAGACUUGACACAAGAAUGAA